UCCGCCCCAGCCCCUGGGUCUUGGGCUGUCCGUUCUGGUCCGGAGCCGGCCGGACCCCGGAGAGCCGGACCCCGGAGAGCCAGACCCCAGAGGCCACCUUCGCCUGCCCCGAAACUUUGUCCCGGGAGGAGCCCCGGAGCCCGGCCCAGAGGAGGCAUCCUGUGUUCUUCUUGGCCAGAUCAGGAAGCCUCAUAGACCUCCUCUGAUCCCAGCAGCUGGCCAGACUUCCAUGAGGCAGCAUGGUGCUCUGAAGACCUGCAGGCCCAUUCAGCAGUGGCUGCCAAUGUGCCAAGUCCAAGCCCAAGAUGUGAGCAUUGCCAGGAGUGCUGAACUCAGGAACUAAGGAUGGAAAAGCCCCGGCAACCCCCCUAGUUGCCUGGGUAAUGAGCAUCCUCAGUCUGGGAACUGUGGCUGCCAUGGCAGGGAAUACCAGUUUCUGGGCUCACCUGGUAGAUGCCCACCCCAUCUGCUUGGCCUGGAGGCAGGAGGCCGAAGGCGCCAUCUACCAUCUGGCCAGCAUUUUCUUUGUGGUCGGCUGCAUGGGCGGCAGUGGAUUCUUUGGGCUCCUGUACGUUUUCAUUUUACUUGGCCUGGGCUUCCUCUGUUCAUCAGUCUGGGCCUGGCUGGACGUGUGUGCGGCUGACAUCUUCUCCUGGAACUUUGUUCUGUUUGCGAUAUGCUUCAUCCAGUUCGCCCAUGUGGCCUACCAGGUUCGCAGCGUGACUUUUGACAGGGAAUUCCAGGAGCUCUAUCACUCCCUUUUCCAGCCACUGGGGACCCCUCUGCCCGUCUUCCGGAAGAUUGCCUCUUGCUGCCAGGCAGUGAGCUUGGAGAAGGAGCACUGUUACGCGAUGCAAGGCAAGACGGCCAUCGAUAAACUCUCCCUACUGAUCUCAGGAAGGAUCAGAGUAACGGUUGAUGGCGAGUUUCUGCAUCAUAUUUUCCCUCUUCAAUUUCUGGAUUCUCCUGAAUGGGAUUCACUUAGACCCACAGAAGAAGGCAUUUUCCAGGUAACUCUCAUAGCAGAAACCGACUGCCGCUACGUGGCUUGGAGGAGGAAGAAAUUAUAUCUGCUCUUUGCUCAGCACCGUUUCAUCUCUCGCCUGUUUUCCGUUCUAAUUGGCAGCGACAUUGCCGACAAGCUCUAUGCCUUGAAUGACAGAUGCAGCUGGUUGGGAGGGACAGGAUUUCUAAAGAUGAACAGCUCAGACCCCUGGCCCCUGGCAGUCUGGCCGACUACUGGCCUCACCCUGCUUCCGGGGCCUUCCAAUGAUUCGGUGUGUGAGAACUGGAGGGAACUGCAUCACCUGGUCUUCCAUGUGGCCAAUGUCUGCUUCGCCCUCGGGUUGAUCAUCCCCACCACACUGCCCCUCCACAUGAUCUUCCUGAGGGGGAUGCUAACUGCAGGCUGCGCCCUCUACAUUCUCUGGGCCUCUCUGUACCGCUGUGCCCUGGACAUUGUGGUCUGGAAUUCUGUGUUCCUGUUGGUCAAUCUGCUCCACCUGCUGUACUUGGUGUACAGGAAGAGACCGAUCAAGAUAGAGAAAGAGCUGAAUGGGAUCUAUCGACGAAUGUUUGAGCCACUGCGGGUGCCUCCAGAAAUGUUCCGGAGGUUGACGGGCCAGUUCUGCUCCAUCCAGACGCUUCAGAAGGGGCAGACCUAUGCAGCCGAAGAUAAGACAUCUGUUGAUGACCGGCUCAGUAUUCUCCUGAAGGGGAAAAUGAAGGUCUCCUAUCGAGGACAUUUUCUGCAUAAUAUUUACCCCUGUGCCUUUGUAGAUUCUCCUGAAUAUCGGUCAACUCAGAUGAACCGGGGUGAGAAGUUCCAGGUCACCAUCGUAGCCGACGACAACUGCAGGUUCCUGUGCUGGUCUCGGGAACGGUUAAUGUUCUUCCUGGAGACUGAACCCUUCCUGUAUGAGAUCUUUCGGUACCUGAUUGGUAAAGACAUCACCAACAAACUCUACUCCCUGAAUGACCCCACGCUCAGCGAUAAGAAAGCCAAGAAGCUGGAGAGGGAGCCCAGCAUCUGCUCCCAGCUGUCCGUCAUGCAGAUGAGGAACAGCAUGGCCAGCUCCAGCGACAGUGAGGAUGGGCUGCAGCACUUCCUGCGUGGGACCCCCACAGCCCCCAGUCUCCGUGUGUCUUCACCCUACCUGAGGGCCUCUGCCAAGAUGAAGCCAAUCGAGGAAGUGGUGGAAGAUGACGUCUUCGAACCGCCAUCUCCAGCUGCUCCCAGGUUCCAGAGACUGCCAUGAGCAGACGCAGUCCUUGCUAGGCAGAAGGCCAUCUAAUGGGGCGGAGAUGGGAGCCAUCAGCCCCCACGUGGCUUCCUGCGUCUGCCACCCUCAGACUGGUGUCGUUGAGGGUCAAGGAGAAAAUGGCAGCCGGGCUUUUACUGGCCAAACUUUGGAGUGAUUUUAGCUUCUGUGUGACCCUUAGCUAGGUUUGGUUCUACAGAUUUGAGUAACUGGUUAGCUAGACAUUGAUGUUUCUGUCUCCAUUCUGUUAGAAGACCAGUGGAAAGUUUUCUCUCAUUGUCCACAUUUUGUCUUUGUCAGCCAGCAAUAAACAGUUGUGCCUCUAGGAA